GCUUGACACGAUCCUCACCAUCUCUUCUUCCUUCCUUUGCUCAUCAGAUUUUCCCGAGAAAAUCAAAGGGAGAGAAACACCUCAACCCCGAGAGAGAGAGAGAGAGAGAUGGACGGAUACGCGAGGGUGGGCAAGUUGGAGAAGGACCUAGAGCUCGGAAAUGGGGAGACGCUGUACCCGGGCCUGAGCUACGGCGAGAACCAGCUCCGAUGGGGCUUCAUCCGCAAGGUGUACGGGAUCCUCGCCGCGCAGAUCGUCCUCACCACCGUCGUCUCCUCCGUCACCGUCCUCUACGCCCCCGUCAACGACCUCCUCCGCGGGAACUCCGGCCUCUUGCUCUUCCUCAUGUUCCUCCCCCUCCUUUUGUUGUGGCCUCUUCACAUUUAUCAGCAGAAGCACCCAUUGAACUUUGUCUUCCUCGGUCUCUUUACCUUGUCACUGAGCCUCACUGUUGGUGUCAGCUGUGCAAAUACCGAUGGAAGAAUUGUCCUUGAAGCCUUGAUUUUGACCUCAUCAGUGGUUUGUGCCUUGACUGGAUACACUUUCUGGGCUUCUAAGAAGGGCAAGGAUUUCAGCUAUCUUGGUCCAAUCCUCUUUACCGGCCUCAUUGUUCUCAUCAUGACUAGCUUCAUGCAGGUUGGGCUCUUCAACCGCAUGUAUAAUAUGCCUACAACACCUCUCGCAUGCUUUCAUAAACUCAUUCAGAUUUUCUUUGUUAUGACUAUGCAGAUGAUGUUCCCGGUUGGCCCUACAUCAGUGGCCAUCUAUGGUGGAAUAGCUGCUAUCAUCUUCUCAGGGUACAUUGUUUAUGACACCGAGAACUUGAUCAAGCGCUUUACCUACGAUGAGUACAUUUGGGCAUCCGUCACUCUUUAUCUGGACAUCCUGAACCUGUUCCUUACCAUUUUGAGGAUGCUGAGGCAGGGAGACAAUUAGAUGUACAUGUGACUUCUCCGCAGCAGCACAAUG